CUCCAAGCCCCGUUGUAACGGAGUCAGGGUAAGGACCUGGUCUGCACCGAUCCUAAACUUGGGCUACAGACGGGGGAACUAGAGCCUGCACGACUCGUACAAGCCAGAUACUCUCGUUCACAGGCGCUUUUCCUCUCCUCUUACCCGCUCCCCUUCCCCAAGCCAUGCCGCUGGUCACAACGCUCAUUGAUGAUACUUCGCCCUUGAUCACUUACGAUCCCUCUUGGAUCCCCGGAACCUCGGCCGACGACAACGACGCCAGCGAUUAUUUCUUGGGCACCUUCACAGAUACGAACGUCACCAACGCUCAAGCAAGCUUUUCCUUCAACGGCACUUCCUUCUACAUUUUUGGCUCCAAACGGCCCAACCACGGCACCUACAGCAUUGAAGUGGAUGGCAAAACAUUUUCAAACAUUGAAGGCAACUCCGCGAACUCGCUAUUUCAGCAGGCUCUGUUCAAUGGCACGGGAUUGUCGCAAGGAAUGCACAAUGUUUCUCUCACCAACACUGGAUCGGGAACAAAUACAUUUGUAGACAUUGAUUUGGUCGUGUGGGAUUCGGAAGUGGGGUCUGAUUCAGAACAACUAGCAACAGUGACGGUCGAAGAUACCGACCCCGGGUUCAACUAUCAGUCAGUGUGGACCACUGACCCUCCUAAUGCCAUGUUCUACAGCCAAGGUUCCGGGCACUCGACCAGUGUCGAAAAUGCUUCAGUGACCCUCACUUUUACUGGGGAUAUCGUAUCUGUCUUCGGGACUGUAGGCCCCAACAAUGGGCAAUACUCUGUAGCACUUGACAAUGGACCCCCCACGUCGUUCAACGCUACAAGACAGAUGACCUACUAUCGGAGCAUGCUCUAUCACGCGGACAACCUUGGGUCCGGGCAACAUCAACUUAAUCUCGUCAAUCUCCCCGAAUCUACCGUUCAAUUCUUGAAUAUCGAUUAUGCUCUGAUUUCUUCGUUGGCGAGUAGCGGGAAUUCUGUAGCCAGCGGCCAGUUUUCUCUUGCUGCCACCAACACGAACAGAAUACCCCCUGGAGCAAUAGCUGGCAUUGUCAUACCUAUAGUUGCGGCAUUGAUUGGCGCAGCUCUAGCUGUACUGUUCUUCCGGCGGUGGAAAAUGGCGGAGGCCGCGCGCAACGACCUAUACCGAGUAUACUCGCCUCAGCGUGAUCCAAGACAGCCACACUACUCUACCGGCGGGUCUUCUUACGCCACCGAGACUCGGAGUAAUUCUAAUCUCGUUCGCAACGACGUGUACGCGGGCGCGAGCACAGUGUCGCACACGUCAUAUUUGCGAUCCCCGCAAGACUAUGGAUAUCAGGGCAGUCAGCAGGUUACGGCUUACCCAGAUUACAACCAUGGAGAGUACGCCAGAGAGCCUCGGAUGGAAGAUACGGUGUUGACUCCGUCACGAUCGGUGUCACAAUCAACUGUGGCGCGUCACGAAGAGCCUGUGCGACGACCAUUACCUGAAGCUCCUGCCGGACCAUCGCCGUUUGCCAGCGAAAAGGCUGGCGGAAGCGCGGUGUCAGGAGCGGUCCAGGCGGGUGGGAGUCGGCGCAUCUCUGCUUCUGACACGAUAGCGGAUAUGCCUCCACCAAAUUAUGUGCAGGCUAUCCACGACUAGUAAACCUGCACUUGGUCUACUACGCGUCGAUUAUCUAGUUAAAUCUUCCUGUCCUUAUAUACGCU